AUGAUAAACACGUUCAAAAGCGCUUUACAUAUAGCAGACUCAGCCACAAAGGGAGCGAAAUUCAUCCUCUACUAGUACAGACACAGAGCGAUCUGACCAGAGGGACAGAAUUUGAACCAACAAUUGAUUUAUGAGAUGAAAUAGAGAUUGGAGACUAGUAAACAUGGCUACAGCAGCGCCAACAGACAACCGAGUUUACCUUUACCGCUUACUAACACUUAAUAUAGAUUACGGCACUGCAAUCGUUAGAAAUGUAAUUGACGAUAAAUGCUCAAAUACUGCACUUACGACCGUUUUGACUCGAGAGAGAAGAGCAAUAAACAACCUAAGGGCAAACAAAGCGAUAACGAAGGUCCAGUUUGAUUUGUUGUAUCCACAGAGUGGCAUCCCUCCUACAACGUCAGACUUCGAUCUUACUCUUGCUCUGUGCCUGUUAAGGAAUCUUAAACAUUUUGGUUUAAAUCCAAAGUAUACAUGGAAUAUUACCCCUCAGCCAGGAGAUACUUCACUUGAAGCAGAUCUAUGCCGCUUGCGGAUGUAUCGCAAUGAAUUGGCGCAUAUAUCCUCGACAAAAGGAAUUCAAGAGACAGAUUUCAUAGCUAAAUGGGCUGAUAUCGAAGGGUGGAGUUUUUACAGUAACAUCCAGUAUAUAUGUGGGAGACAUUGGUGUGGUGCCUUGCAAGUUAUUGCCAGUCUACAAGCAGUUCAAAUGCAACAGAUCAAACAGCAUUUUCAUGUUGUCACUUUGUGGGUAAUAUGUCUACUUUCCAUCUCUGAUGGUGGAGGAAAAGAGGCAAUUAAGGAGCCCUUCAGAGCAUAUUCUUUCGUCAUAAGCAUGCAAAUGUUUAGAACUAACCCAUCCCUCAAUUGCUUAUUUGUAGUUGCUAAGUUGCUAGCAUGA